CAGCCUGCUCGUGGUGACACAGCGACACAUGCACUGGUAACACAGACACGCUAACACAGAGAUACACACAUACAACACACAGACAGAGACAAACAUACACUGCAUCUGUUUGGUGAGGAAGUGGUCCUUUCCUCACCGGGCUACAAGUUAUUCAUCUCAUUUGGCAGUAAAGAUAUGACAGACUAAUAAUUUAUAAACACAAACUAGUACAACUGACACACAUACCCCCUACCUUUGUUUGCUAAAGAAGUAUUCCUAUUCUCAGUUAUCUGGAAAAAGUGACUAACGUGAAGGAAUAACUCAAGUGGCGACGUUUCACUGCAACAAAUGAAGUGAGGAAAUCAACAUUGCAGUGUCCUGUAACCACUAGAGCUAUUUAACAGACUUCAGCCAUCGUAAGGGCAAGAAAACCUCGUGAAAUAAUACGUACAUGUGCUUCUAACAGACUCGCACCCCGCAUGUUGCGUUGUGUGUACUCUGAGCAGUGUCUGUAUCUCUCUCUCUCCCGCCGCCAAGACCUGCAGCUGACGGGAACACAAUCAUACAUCACAAGCACUGCCCCACGUCUUGGUUAGAAUGCCGGUGUGGGCGCGCUGGACGGGGCUGCCGUGGGCGAUGGUGCUGCUGGCGGUGAGCAGCGGCCUGAGGGUGCAGGAGGCGCCGGGCAGGGACACAGUGUUGUACCAGGCGCCGCCCACCUCCACCCUCCGAGAUGGCCGCGCCCUGCCCAGCACCAUCAUCGUCUCCAGCCCAAUGCUUCUGAAGGUCAGACCUAAGGGCACCCCGUCUUCCCCUAAGGCGUCCCAGGAGGCUGAGAGCGGCACCAAGUAUUCCUACAUCCCUCUCUCCCCCUCUAAGACACCUGAGGAGCCUGCCGCUCCCUCCAAGGACACCCCCGACCCCGUAGAGACCAAAGGGGCUGGCGUGGGCGUGACUUCCAAGAUCAAGUUCCACACGAUUCACUGUACGAGCGGCAAGCCGUGCUCCACCAUCAUCCAGGCACCCGUCAGAACCCACAACUACAUCAGCAGCAGCAGCACCACCACCACCAACAGCAGCAGCAGCAGGAGGCAGCCCUUCACACAGGAACAGAUCAAGCGGUAUCUGCAGCAGUUCAGUCUGCGUCAAGGCUUUCGCUACGGCAAGGAGUUCGAGGAGAGCGGCACACCAGACGCUUCCCUGCAGUCUCGCAAGGAACGCAUGCUCCUCAGGGAUCCCAAGUGGGUCCUCCUUGACCAGGACAACAAAUACGAGGAGCAGGACCCGUGGUACGACGAGCCGUGGAGUCCGGGGUCUGUGUAUAAGUACCAGACGUACAGACCCGCGGGAUUCGACCCCUACAAGAGUCCCGUCACGGACUGGGACAGCGUGUACGCUUCCUUCCCCAGUAGACAGUCUACCACCGAGCGCCCCAAGUACUCUCCUCCCUCAGGGCCACUCACUCCUAACGCUGGCCACGGUGGUACUUCAGGCAGACUCCCGUCGCGGCCACGCCCUCUCUCCACGAACGGCGUGUGGAGCCGCUACAGCACCUCCACCGUCACGCAGCUGGACAAGAACACCGGCCAGUGGGUGAAGGUGUCCUCGAGCGGCCCUCAGAAAGACAAGGCCUGGCAGUUCCCGUCCCGCUCGCCGCCCUCACAGCAGACGCAGGUCCAGCUGACAGUGCUAGGUGUGAACGAGGACCUAGACACUCCCCGCGGCAAUGGAGUCAAGCCCGAGACGCACAUGGUGGUGAAACCCAACGGCGUGCCCGGCCAGCCGCCCGCAGUGAUCGAGACGAGUAGCUACCCUCACCCUCACCACCACCACCACCAGCAGGAUAAAAAGUCACCCAAUUCAGAGCCCAGCGGCGUGCAAUAUGGCAAGCCAGUGUACGUCCACGGGAGCUUCGUACUAGUGAAGGAGUGAGGUGUGUGUGUGUGUGUGUGUGAGUGUGUGUGUGUGAGUGUGUGUGUGUGUGUGUUUACGAGAGUUCCUCAUAAUGUGUAGCUUGCUUAGGCAGUAGAAGCACUGACAGACUAGUAAUUAAUGAUAAAAUAUACAUAUUUAA